AGUUCUGCGCUAGCAUCAUCAGUUUCGAGGGACUCCAUCGUGGCUCGCCUACGCAAACCGGAAGGCUUCCGAGGGAACCCGCUGUUCGCGGACGAUCGAGCCGUAGACCCUGAAACCGAUCCGACGUGUCAGAUCAGGCCGGAUCUGACGGAUCCGACAGGUCUCGGAUACUAUCUGCGCAUCACGGAUUUCGGCCGCUGCGGCGUUUUGAAAAGGAAUGGCUUUGUCCAUGUUCGGGUCUGGUUUCCACAAUUUCCUGGUGUGGUGAUGCAAUCUGAUCAGGAGCUGAUCAUCAUGUGUAAGCCUCCGGAACCGACGGUAAUAGAAAAUAAAGCUGCCGGAUUUGCUGGCAGUUUUCCUCAUGGAGCACGAGUCUCCGGAGUCGUUGAAGAAACACCUGGGAGAUUGGAAUACGAGGUCGCCUUAUAUAAAGAGGCGCCUGCAGCGCGAAUCACAAACACGUCAGUAUUGGGAUCAGCAGGAGCAGGAGGAGAACUACCUGUUGACCAGGCUGUGCCAAUUGGCACAAAACUUCAACUCAGAGCUCGAAUUAAUCCGGAUUCAGCAUGGAAAUACGUGAAAAUAAUAGAAGUUACAGUAUCGCCUGAUCCAGACGACCCUCGAACUCCUGGUUCAGUAGCUUUGGUUCGCGAUGGUUGCAGAGAUAGAGAUUUUGCUUCCAUAAUUCCACACCAGCCAGCAAGAUAUCGUGAGAAGCACAACGAAGUCUUUCUGGACUUCGAGGCGUUCUUAUUGUCCAGCAUGCGAGAAAGGAGCACGCUCUGGAUUCAUUCGCAGAUCAAGGCCUGCAUGGAUGCAGCCGAUUGCCAACCAGACUUCUGUUUAGACCUAUUCGAACCAUCAGGUCAUGGACGAAGAAAAAGAGAAUUAUCACCCGAGGACAAGAUGUCACCCCGAGCAUCAGCCCUUACCCAAAGGUAUCAUGCAAACGACACGCAAUACACGCGUUUCCAAGACAAUAUCGAGUACACGGUGAUAAUGCCAGGUGAGAUGUUCCACGACGCCAGCGGCAAAUCAGGUGAAGGCGCCUGUGGCGCAUUCCUGGCCAUCGCGGUGGUACUGGGCUGUUUGCUUUUCCUGGCUGCGUUCGUGAUGUGCUAUCUGGCUUCUCGUUUACAUCCGUCAUCUUGGCCACAUCAAACAAUUAUGGAAAAAAUAUUGACGAAAUUGUUCGGGAAAGCCGUACAGGAUUUAGCCUAGGUUCACCCGAAA